AUGCUGUUCACAGGAAGUCGGUACAUCGUCGCCGGAGUGACACUGCUGAUUGCCUACAUUGCCAUCACCAGCCAGGUCUUUGUCUUCAUCCCAUGGCUCAUGUCCAUCUCUGUUCAGACAACCUUCAUGGUCCUUGUGCCCUUCAAUAUCGGAGUCGGCUUUAUCUAUUGGCAUUAUUACCUCGCUUGUACUACCGAACCGGGUUCUACACCUUCUGGGUGGGGUGUGCCAAAGAAAGAGGAUGAGGUCAUGGACGAGGUCAACAAGGAGGGCACGGACACCGUCGCAGCAGGAGCGGACGAUGAUAUUGCCAUUGGACGGUCUACAGCCAUUGGCAGUCAGGAUAUCGCCUCCGAAGUCAGGGGUCGAUCUAGCAACCACAACAACACCAAGGACAACACCACCACCACCACCACCGCCAUUGCUAAAAGCAAGAAAAUGACACCGCUGCCACGAUACUGCAAGACCUGCGAAGCCUUCAAGCCGCCCCGAUCGCAUCAUUGCCGGAUCUGCAAGAAGUGUAUCCUCAAGAUGGACCACCAUUGUCCCUGGAUCAACAACUGUGUGGGUCACUUUAACUAUGGCCAUUUCCUCCGAUUUAUUACUUGGGUGACGAUCACGACUGGUGCGUGUAUGGUCCUGUUGCUGGCUCGUGUUUUGGACGCCAUUCAGAACGAGAACCGGUAUAUGUAUCGUGAUGAUGGUCCGACAAAGGCGCAGAUCGUAUUCCUAGCGGUCAAUAUCAUUGUCGACGGCGGAGUCCUGUUGGCGGUCGGGAUCUUGUGUACCUACCACCUCUGGAGUCUCAUGAGCAACACCUCGACGAUCGAAGUCUGGGAGCAGGAAAAAGUCGAGGCCAUGGUCAAAAAGGGCAAACUUCGCAAAGCAAAGUUCCCGUAUGAUGUGGGCUGUCUUCGCAACUACCGCCAGGUCCUGGGGGAGAGUGUGUUGUUGUGGUUCUGGCCUCAGCCGAUGCAAGGAUCAGGAACGGAGUUCGAGGUGACGGAUGAUAAAGAUGCGGCGAUUGUUUGGCCACCUCGGGAAUACCAUACCUCCAAGCGGCAAGCGAGGACGUUUGUGUCAGAGUAUGCGUCGUCUUCUGGAGUUCAUCGGCGUGGCGGCGCAGGAGCAGGAGCAGGAGCAGGAGCGCGGUCGCAGAAGAACAGGAACUUGAGCACAUUGAGUACGCCCAUCACUCCUGAGGCUGGCCGGAAUCAAGGCAGGCGGAGGAGCAGGAACCCGUCGAGAGGAUCGACCACUUCUGGUGCAGCACCCCAUUUCCCGACCCAUGUCCGUCGUGGUAGCGAGGGAUGGAUCGUCCAGGAUCUUACGGUUCAACAACGCGCGGAUUUGUAUGAUCGUCAACUUCGAUAUGCGCAACUCCAUGGACAACAGCAGGCGUACUCUGGAACAGCGCAUGCAGGCGAUGGUGAUGGAGAGGAGGAGGAAUAUCAGGAGGGGUUGUCGGAUAUUGAGGGGGACGUUUACAGUCAGUUGCCUGGAGGCAUGCAAGGAAAUCAAGGGUACGAGGACUACAACGAUGAUGGAGAGCAUUACGACGAGGAAGACGAGGACGAGGAUGCCAGCUCUGAUGAUGUGGACGAUCUACCAUAUGAUGUUGCGAGUGACGAGUGGGACGAAAAUGAAUAUGACGAGUACGACGAUCGGUACGAGGAUGAGGACGGGAGCGAUCUGGAUCAACAUAACCCAUACCUCGCCUACGCUGACGAAGAAGAAGAGGAGGACGACUCCGACGAUGAAGAUGUGGAAGUGGACGAUGAAGUGACUUUGAACGGACAGAACCGUCACAAGAUUGGGCGGUUCUUUGAUAACAUUAGCCGGCCGACUGGAAGUUCUGGCGUUGGCGCUGGAAGCGAGGAAGAAGUGGACGAGUGGGAUGAAGGGGAAGGGAUCGAUGUUGGGUGUAGGCCUCCGGGAUUGAUGGCUAACGGUGUGGGUAUCCCUGAAACGCCGUUCUCUGCAGCUGCUGUUGCGUCUACGGGACAAAAGACGUUCUAUACCAUGAUGCUGGAACGGGAGCAGGCUCUCAAGGACCAGAUUGCGGCGUCUGAUGGCGGUAGUGCGAGUGGUGGUGGUGAGGCAGUAGGAACCAAGACCAAAUCGAAGAGCAAGAAGAAGAAGAAGUCCAAGUAG